UUUGCUCAGACCCUGUGGCCAUUGGGCAGCCAGGCCCGACCCCAGGACAAGGCCCAGGCAGUGCUGACUCAGCACAGGGGCCAGAGCACAGCCAGGGUCCAGCAUGGAGAGCAGCGAGGACACCGAGGAGCCCCCGCUGCCCCUGGCCCUGAGCAGCUUUCAGGUCUCCGAGGAGUUUGGUUUCCUGCUUCCCGACCCUCUGGUAGGAGCUGGCUGUGCCUCCCCACCCUUGUGCCACAGCAGGAGAAUAGAGGGGUUGACAGAGCUGCCAGCUCCCUACGGCCCCUGGAUGGAGCUCGCCCAGCAGCUGCCCCAGCUGAUCUGCAGCCACCAGCUCCGCUCACAGGUGCACCAGAUGCCGCAGCUGAGCACCCAGCACCUGCAGGGACGUGAGGAGCUGCACCUGGCACACCUGGUGCUCAGCUUCAUCACCAUGGGCUACGUCUGGCAGGAGGGCGAGGAGGGCACCGUGCAGGUCCUGCCCCGAAAUCUGGCUGUCCCCUACUGGGAGGUGUCCCAGGCCCUGGGCCUGCCACCCAUCCUCAGCCAUGCAGACUUUGUGUUGGCCAACUGGAGGAGGAAGGACCCCAACGGGCCUCUGGAAAUUGAGAACCUGGACACGAUCAUCGCACUGCCUGGGGGAGAGAGCCUGCGGGGCUUCAUCCUCGUCACGCUGCUGGUUGAGAAGGCAGCUGUGCCUGGCAUUAAGGCCAUCGUCCGUGCCCUCAGUGCCAUGCUGCAGAGGGAUGAGCAAUCCCUGCACAGAGCCCUGGAGGAGCUGGCAGGGGCCAUCGAGGCCAUGAGUGAGGCGCUGAGGCGGAUGCACGACUACGUGGAUCCAGAAAUAUUCUACUCUGUGAUCCGGAUCUUUCUCUCUGGCCCCAGCCUGACUGCCAUGUCUCCUGCCCAGCUGGAAGGACAAUCCUGCCAUGCCCCACGGGCUCAUCUACGAGGGGGUGUCCCCGGAGCCCCUGGCCUUCUCAGGGGGCAGUGCGGCGCAGAGCACGGUCCUGCACGCCUUCGACGAGCUGCUGGGCAUCUGCCACCGCCAGGACACGGCUGCCUUCCUGCUCAGGAUGAGGGACUACAUGCCGCGGCCGCACCGCGCGUUCCUGCGGGCGCUGCGGGCCGCGGGCUCCCUGGAGCUGCGGGUCGUGGCCUCGGGGGACGCGCGGCUCCGCGCCGCCUUCAACCGCUGCGUGGGCGCGCUCACCGACUUCAGGUCCCUGCACAUCGCCAUCGUCACCAAGUACAUCGCCAUCGCGGCGGCCAAAGCCCGGGCCAGGCGGGCACAGCCCGGGGCCAGCGCUGGCCCCGCUGCGGGGAGGCCCCCGGCUGCGCUGGAGGCCAAAGGGACCGGCGGGUCCCACAUCUUCAGCUUCCUCAAGAGCAUCAGGGACACCACCAGGGAGGGGAUGAUAAGUGUCUGACUGCCCCGAGGGUGCCUAAAGCGGCUGCAGGAGGCCGAGGGGCUUGGGUGUCUGUGCAAGGCACAAGCCAAGAUCCAAAACCUGCCGUCAGCAGCAGCAGCCUCCCACCCGUGCACGCCUGGGACACGAGGAACUGUUGGAGAAGAGCGCGCACGCAGCCGCACGCAGCGAGCUCGGCAUCCUCCCGUGGCACGGGCACGGUGUCCUCCCGUGGCACUGCCGGCAGCGCAUCGCCCCCGGGCCCAGGAAGAACUGUGUCCCUCCUGCCCCUUCUCUAUCCCGUUCUAUCCCGCUCUACCCGCUCCUUCCCCGGGCGAGGGGCGCAGCUCGGGCGGACACGGGCGGGGGGGGUCUCAGGACCAAUAAAGCAGCGAUUCCUGACCCAGCCGGGGCCGGGCCCUGUGUCCAUCUCCACCUCGCAGCGCUUCUCCAGCAGCAGAGGGCGGCAGAAACCGCGCUGGGCUCCGGAGCAGCCGCUGCCCGAGCCGGGAGCGGGGAUGGGGACGGGGCACGGGGAGCGACUGGGGAUGAAGGGCAGAGGGGUUCAGGGGACAGCGAAGGGCGAGAAGGAGCUCCCUGCUGUGACCCCCAGCCUCUGGCACCCGGACACGGCUCCGCGGGAGAAGGGAACCGUGCUGUGGGUACAGGGGUGUCCUCGAGGCUGCUGUGCACGGGACGAGGCUGCACCGAGGCACAGGAGCUGCUCUCCAUGGCCAGCUCCAUCGCCCUCCUGGCUCAUCAAGGGCUCAGGACGUCACAGGGGCAAAGCUGCAGCACUGGGGGGGUCACACGGGCCCCACUUUGAGCCUCAGUGAUAAUGCAGUGCUCUAGUCGGGGACAUGGGGACACCUGGCUUCCCCAAAGGGACAGCGUGGGAAAAAGACUCCUGACAAAGCCUUGAUCCUCACCAGGUACUGGCAGCAGGAUAACAGCAGCCUGGUGCCAGGUCAGCCAGUCUGGACGCUCCUCUGACACAGCCAGCCCCACAUCAGCCCCUGUGCUGGGCAUUGCUGCUCCCCAGGGGCACUGCCUGGCCCCAGGCUGCAGGCCUGCAGGUGCCGGGCUCCCCCCCUGGCACCACCCAGCUGGGCUCAGUGGGCAGAGCCUUGUGCCAAGAGCCGUGCUAAAGCUUUUUUUAUAACGCCAGGUGCCCAUGUUGCCCUUUUCUAGCAAGUCAGCACGCCCAGACUCCUUGGAAUUUACAUCUUUAGGGAAAUCAGGCCAUAUGGCUCUGUUUUGCCUCCCCAGGUUUUGCUGGCACAGCCACCAGAGGCAGGAUUCUCACCCAAUCAGUGUCUUGCUGCAAAAAUAGCCCUGGCAGCACCCCUUCUCACUACCAGAAAAGAGUCAAGGUCCUUUGAAAUGAGAUGUUGUUCCCAUAAGGGCAAAAACAAGCUCAGCACACUGUAGCUUGAAUUAUUAAACUCUUGCUAAAUUGUA